AUGGCCACUCGCUAUUCCCCUCGUCUCUUCCCAAUAUUUCGUCCAGUUUUGCUUCGUGCUCGAUUCGAAUCGACGGUGUCCCCGCCCAAACCUGAUGACAAGGCUGCCUGGAAAGCUGCAAGGGAGCAUGCCGACAAUUUAAUCAGAGACUGGGAUGCCAAGGUCAUAACUUAUGACGAGUUGAAGCCCAAAACGGAGAGCCCAAGUCCUGAUGCCUACCUCAUUGACGUCCGUGAACCAGAUGAGGUUGCGCAGGGCAUGAUCCCCUCUGCCGUCAACAUACCGCUGACGGUACUGGGAGAUGCUCUGCAUAUGUCUCCGGAAGAAUUUUCAACAAAGUUCGGUUUCAAGAAGCCUGGCAUACGGCAAGAAGUUACCUUUUACUGUCGGAGUGGGAAGCGGAGUACCUCAGCUAGUGAUGUCGCGAAACGAAACGGAUAUACCAAUAUCCUCAACUUCAAAGGGUCGUGGCUCGAUUGGGUAGAAAGAGAAACAAAGAAAUAG